CGCGCCGAGACCUGAGCCGGCGGCGGCCCUCUUUUCUGCAGCUGGUGGCGUCGGCCGAGGCGUCAUGGAUCUCAGCGAUCUGGAGAGAGACAAUACGGGCCGCUGUCGCCUGAAUUCACCUGUGCCUGCGGUGUGCCGCAAGGAGCCCUGCGUCCUGGGCGUCGAUGAAGCGGGCCGGGGUCCCGUGCUGGGCCCCAUGGUCUACGCCAUCUGUUAUUGCCCCCUGUCCCGCCUGGCAGAUCUGGAGGCGCUGAAAGUGGCAGACUCCAAGACCCUGUCGGAGAGCGAGCGGGACAGGCUCUUUGCAAAAAUGGAAGAAGACAGGGACUUUGUGGGCUGGGCUUUGGACGUGCUGUCUCCAAACCUCAUCUCUACCAGCAUGCUCGGGAGGGUCAAAUACAACCUGAACUCCCUGUCCCAUGAUACAGCCACCGGGCUGAUACAGUAUGCGUUGGAACAGGGCGUGAAAGUCAUUCAGGUGGCCCGCGACCAAGCUGUAAAGAACUGGCGGUUUGUGGAAAAACUGCCAGACUUGGAUGCCGAUUACGGCUCGGGCUACCCCAAUGAUCCCAAGACAAAAGCAUGGCUGAAGAAGCACGUGGAGCCUGUAUUUGGCUUCCCCCAGUUUGUCCGGUUCAGUUGGCGCACAGCCCAGACCAUCCUGGAGAAGGAGGCAGAAGACGUUAUGUGGGAGGACUCGCCAACAGGAGAUCAGGAGGGACUCGGGAGGAUCACAUCUUACUUCCUCAAAGAAGGCCCCCGAACCCGCCCCCACCUCCCCCACCGGUACUUCCAGGAGCGGGGCUUGGAGUCAGCCACCACCCUCUAGGGGCCAUCCUGUCCUCUCCCUUACCUGCCCCCCACCCCGCCUCCAGCGAUUAAAGUUGUUUAAGGACAACCAAGCCUAGGUGUCGCACUUUGGGGCAGAGGCCAGUGGGAGUGUGCUCCGCAGCAGGACCCAGCUGCUGCCUUUUGGAACCUAAACAGAGUAGGCAUUGGUGAUA